GUGUUUACAAAAAAACGGUUCCGAAGUCGCUCACAGACGCCGUAUCAUAUAAUAAAGUACAGCAAUUCUAACGGUGAUCAUGAGACUCGUUAUCCUUGAUGACUAUGAGCUGGCCAGUGAGUGGGCUGCUAAAUACAUCCGGAACCGUAUCGUCCAGUUUAAACCCAGUGCAGACAGAUACUUUACACUGGGGCUUCCCACUGGUAGUACACCACUUGGGUGCUACAAGAAGCUGAUCGAGUAUUACAAAAGUGGCGACCUCUCUUUUAAAUAUGUGAAGACCUUUAACAUGGAUGAGUAUGUUGGCCUGGCGAGGGAUCAUCCAGAGAGUUACCAUUCCUACAUGUGGAACAAGUUCUUCAAGCACAUUGACAUCGAGCCUCAGAAUACCCACAUUCUGGAUGGCAAUGCAGCUGACCUGCAGGCGGAGUGUAAUGCAUUUGAGGAGAAGAUAACAGCUUCUGGAGGCAUCGAGCUGUUUGUAGGAGGUAUCGGCCCAGAUGGCCACAUUGCUUUUAACGAACCGGGUUCCAGUCUUGUAUCGAGAACACGAGUGAAGACUUUGGCUAAGGAUACGAUAGUGGCCAAUGCUCGCUUUUUCGGAAAUGAUCUGUCCAAAGUCCCCACCAUGACGCUCACUGUUGGUGUGGGUACAGUAAUGGAUGCCAAAGAGGUUCUGAUUCUGAUCACGGGCGCACACAAAGCAUUUGCCCUCUAUAAAGCUAUAGAGGAAGGAGUGAACCACAUGUGGACAGUAUCUGCAUUUCAGCAACACCCUCGCACCAUCUUUGUGUGUGACGAGGAUGCCACACUUGAGCUCAGGGUCAAGACUGUGAAGUACUUCAAAGGACUGAUGCAUGUUCACAAUCAGCUGGUGGAGCCCACACACAGCAUAAAGGACUAUAAGAACUAAGAA